GCAAGCUCACCACAAGCCGAGCUCCAAACACACUCGCCAUGGCAAACAGAGGCUACGAUGUCGUCGUAGACGUUGAUCAGGAGGGCGACCUAGGCCACACCGAUCUGCAAGAGGACCUCGAAUUCCACAGCUCCAACUUCGAAACCACCCCCUCCCGCGGUGCAAAGGUUCAACCCGACUCUUCCUCCUUCCUCCCCCAGCCCGCGACAGCCUCCUCCAGCGGUUCUCGCAAACACCUCCUCUGGACGCUCUCCUUCUACGCGCAAGCCUUCGACGUCGAUUCCGCUGAAGUCCUGCGCCGCUGCACGGCCACCAUCUACCCGCGCGCCAACUUCCUCGAUGUGCUGGAGGGAAAUCCGGACCUCUACGGGCCGGUGUGGAUCGCGACGACCGUGGUCGUUAUACUGUUUUUGACGGGGACGAUUAACCAGUACCUUGCGCACCAGGGCAAGGAGCACUUUGCGUAUGACUUCAAGUUGCUGAGUGGUGCCGCGGGGCUGGUGUAUGGGUAUACGGGGCUGGUGCCUGUGGGGCUUUGGGGCGUGUUGAAGUGGUAUGGGAGUGAGAGUGCGAACCUUUUGGAGUGCGCGUGUUUGUAUGGGUACGCGAAUCUAGUCUGGAUUGUCGUUGCGCUGGUGAGCUGGAGUCCAAUCUCGAUUCUCAACUACACUUUCGUCGCCCUCGGCCUCGCCUUCUCCGCAACCUUCCUGCUACGAAACUUGUACCCCGUACUCUCGACCACCGAAGCAAAGACCUCCAAGAUCCUGCUUGUCGUCGUUCUGGCGCUGCACGCUGGCUUUGCUAUCGCAAUCAAAGUGCUCUUCUUUGCCGCAACGAGCCCCGUGGGCCCGAACAAGGGCAACGAUGAGAAGACAGAUCCGGCGCGGAUGCUGUUGGGAUUGUAAGGGGCUUAUGAAUGCAUGGAUGGAAUAUUGGGAAAGAAGCAAGACUCGACAAUUGCAGAAUUAUAGGAAGGUUUGGGGACACAGCAUGGCGUUUGGACGGUAU